UCUUAAACGUUUGGGCUUUUGGAGGCACAUUAUAUUUCGCCGACUCCAACCAUUCUGUUUCUUCUUCUUUCUUCUCCGUUCUUCUUCGUCUUCUUCUCCGUUCUCACUGAUAUUUCUUGUUGGAAAGCUAGGGUUUUGCACACAAAGCUAGGAUUUUGCACAAAACAUCGGAAGUGAUAAGGGGAUUAAUGUGAUGCAAAGGAUGGGUUUUGGUAUGUUUUUAUCAGUAAUUGCUAUGUAAAUCGCAGCAAUUGUUGAGACAAAAGGACUUGAGAUAAGUAGGAGAGAACCAAGCAUCAGUCCAGUUCCGUUAUGCAUCUUCUGGUUAUUGCCCCAUUACAUCAUCUUGGAUUACUGUUUACAGUUGCAAGAACUGAGAAAGAAAUGGCUACAGCAACAUACCCACCUCCACCACCAUAUUACAGGCUCUACAAGGAUUACAUUCAAGACCCGAAAUCUGCUCCAGAGCCUCCCCCGCCGAUUGAAGGGAACUACAUCUUGUAUGGCGCAACAUACACUACGGAUGAUGUGCUUCCAAGCUUAGAAGACCAAGGAGUCCGUCAGUUGUAUCCGGAAGGGCUGAAUGUUGACUUCAAGAAGGAACUGAGAUCACUGAAUAGAGAAUUACAGCUACACAUUUUGGAGCUUGCAGAUGUUCUUGUUGAGAGGCCAUCGCAGUAUGCAAGGAGAGUCGAGGACAUAUCUCUUAUAUUUAAAAACAUGCACCAUCUUCUAAAUUCUUUGCGCCCCCAUCAGGCCAGAGCAACGCUAAUUCACAUACUAGAACUUCAGAUACAACGGCGGAGAGAAGCUGUUGAAGAUAUAAAGAGAAGAAGAGAAGAGGCACAUAAACUUCUGAAGGAGUCACUCGGAUGCUUAGAUGGUCACUAGCCGCCAAGAAUUACUGACAUCUCUUGCCAAAACUUGUUGUUUGCAUGCCGGUUCUGACUAACCUCAUUACAAGUGCAUCAAUAAACUCAGAUAGUUGAUGUCACUAUGGAAAAUUAGAAUGUAAUACUUAGUUCUUGCAUAUUUUCAUAUUGUAAAAAGCCUCCCACAAGUUUGCUAAACCUAAGAUUGAAGAAUAUGGCUAGUCCUUGAUUUGGUGUAUUAGUGUGUCAGUUAACUGCUUUGACUGCUGCCUUCAUGGUCGUAUCAAUGUUGCAGAAGUAGGCACUAAUUUAGUUUCUGUUGGCGAUAAUACUUAGUAGGGAUGUUCAUCGUCUCAUUAUAUUACUCUUUACAGUUGGUGUUGUUACUUUGCUUAAUUUUUCUUUCAGUGAGUAUUCCGAA